AUGCCGAACUUAUUCUAUACUAAAAGAGAAUCCAAGGAUCCAAAUGAUCCAAAUCACUUCUUCGCUUUAGCGUAUAUCGCACCAAAUGUGGUCAGAAAACAGGGUUUUUAUCCAGUUGUAAUAACUGGUUAUAACGAUCAAACACCUAGUAAUAAUCCAUUAUCGAAUGAUGAUCCGAAAAUAAGCGGUUACAAUAUUCGAACUUAUCAUUACAAACAGCCUAAUUAUCCAUCUGCAGCGAAUUAUAAUCCAAAUCCAGGUUUCGCACGGUUAAUAAGGCAACAUCAUUAUGUCGUUCCUAGUAUUCCACUCGGUCCUAUAUAUCCGUAUAGAGUUUUUAUUCCAAACUAUUCCUCAUUUAAUCGUCAACCUCCGGUGAUCGUUCAAGAGAGAAAUUUCCACAAUCCAACUGGUUUUAAUCAAAUGAUUCCAAAUGAUGGAAAUAAAAAUCCGGAAAGCAACGCAAAUAAUGCGCACCAAACUAUACCAGUUGAUAACAACCAGAAACCGAAUAAUAAUAAUUUAUCUGAUAAACCACUGGGCGAGCAAAAAAUGCCUGAAAAUAUCGUUCGAAAAGAGCAUAAUGAUAACACUUGCCAAGAUUCCAAGAUUACGGAAGAGGAACGUGAGGAAAUACUCCAAUUACACAACAAAUACCGAUCCGAUUUGGCUAAUGGUCGUGUUAGAAAUAAAAUUCAACAAAUGCCUAACAGUGGCAAUAUUCGAAAGCUUGAAUGGGAUUGCAAUUUACAAAAAACAGCCCAACAAUGGGUCGAAUACUGUCAGUGGAAACAUUCGCCCAAACCAUUCCGCAAUUUCGCUGGUGAAAAUCUUUACAAAUAUGAAUUGGAUGCUUCAAUCAAUCGAAAUGGUCAUAUGAAAUUGGCUGCAGACGCUUGGUGGAAUGAAGUUCAUAUAAUGAACACUACAAAUCAAUUCAACAAAGAAGCUCGAAAAGUAGGAAUGAUUGGACAUUUUACUCAGAUGGCUUGGGCAGGAAGUUAUAAAAUCGGUUGUGGACUUGCUUUUUGUCGUGGUGAUGUACAUGCAAAUAUGUUAUAUAUUGCAUGUCACUAUAAUCCAGCAGGAAAUAUGCUAGAGAAAGAAAUUUAUGAAAUUGGUACUCCUUGCUCGAAAUGCAUACAAAGCUAUAAAAGCAAUAUUUGCGAAAAUGGUCUGUGUGUCGGUGAUGAAUUAGGUGUACCGAAAGCAAACAAUAUUGAAAGACCUAUAAUUACUUCUGAUACAUCAAAAACCAUGCAAAAUAUGCCUCAGAGUGGUGAUAACAACUUGAAAAAGACCAAUACACCAGAAAUAGUUAGAAAUGGCCUAUCAAAUGAUAAGAUGAAUCCAUAUCAGAAUUCAUAUCAGAAUUUAAACAGAAUUAAUCAGAAUGAAUUAACUAAUAGAAAUGUACAAAAUUACAACAACGAAAAAACUACUAGCAGAAUGAUGGACUUAGAAACAACUAAAGCACCUGAUACAUCUGGCGAAAACGUAUCAAACAUAUCAACUGAUAAGCGAAAAUCCACCGAAAAUAUUCAAAAAGAGACGAAUACAAACAGAUGUGAAGGCUCAAAAAUUACUGAUGAUGAACGAAUAGAAACACUGAACUUACAUAACAAAUACCGAUCCAACUUGGCGAGUGGCGCAGUUAGAAAUAAAAUUCAACAAAUGCCUGAAGGAAGCAAUAUCCGUAAACUGGAAUGGGAUUGUAACCUGGAAAAAUCGGCACAGAAAUGGGCUAAAAAUUGUACUUGGAAGCAUUCCACUGGAGGCGAAAAUCUUUAUAAACAUUGGCAAUAUGUAAAUUUCAGCCGAAACGGUCAUAUGGUAAGGGCAACGACUGCUUGGUGGGAGGAAGUCGAAUUAAUGGUAACAACCAUUCAGUUCAAUAAGGAGGCUCGAAAAGUUGGCAAAAUCGGUCAUUUCACUCAGAUGGCAUGGGCAGAAACAUAUAAACUCGGUUGUGGGCUUAAUUUUUGUGUUAGCCCACUCACAGCCAAGGAUCUAUACGAAUUAAAAAUGAGUCAACCUUACGGAAUGAUAGAGCAAUAUACUCAGAAGCACUGGAUUUAUGUUGUAUGCCAUUACAGUCCACCCGGAAAUGUAAUGGAACGAAAAAUAUAUGAAGAAGGAGCUCAUUGUUCGAAAUGUCAAUCACGGUACAAUACUUCAAAAUGCGAAGACAAUAUGUGUAUUGGAGGCGAAGAAGAAGCUGAUUAUUCGGAUACAUGCGAGGACUUCUUUGGUGAUUGCAGCGGUGCGCGAUACGCAUUUCCAUGUGAUUCAGAAAGAAUGAAGAAAAAGUGUAGCAAAACCUGCGGAUACACUAAAAAAUUUAGACAUUGUGCAAAUUAA